GUCGGGCAGACGGCGGCAGCGGCGGCAGCGGGAGCGGCGGUGUCUCCACACCUUCCCUCCUUCCCCUCCCUUCCCUACCGGGCCUGGCCUCCCAGCCCGACGAGUGAGAGCGAGCCAGGUGAGCGGGAGCCAGAUAUGGCCCUAACAGUGGAUGUGGUGGGGCCAGGGCCCUGGGGCUUCCGGAUCACUGGGGGCAGGGAUUUCCACACGCCUAUCAUGGUGACCAAGGUAACUGAGAGGAGCAAGGCUGAGGCUGCUGACCUCCGGCCUGGAGACAUUAUUGUGGCCAUCAACGGGGAGAGUGCUGAGGGUAUGCUUCAUGCUGAGGCCCAGAGCAAGAUCCGCCAGAGCCCCUCACCCCUGAGGCUGCAGCUAGACCGGUCUCGGGCUGCUUCCCCCCAGCAGACCAAUGGGGAAAGCUCUGUGGAAGGGCUGGCGACUCGCUUCCAGGGCUCCGUGAGGACGCACACUGACAGCCAGUCCUCCCUGAGGUCUUCCUGCUCCAGCCCAGUCUUUUCCAGCCCCCAGCCCGGCAGCCCGUUCUCUGCCCUGCCCCCCACCAGCCCGCAGGCCCUCCCUGGAGAGACUGUUGUCAGCCGCAGUUUCCAGAGCCUGGCACAUUCCCCGGGAUUGGCUGCUGCUGACCGCUUUUCCUACGGGGGCCGCCCCAGAAGUCGACCGGCCAGCCUCACCCGCGCCGCGGCUGGUGACUCGGCUGUGCUGGUGCUGCCGCCUUCCCCGGGUCCCCACUCCUCCAGUUCCAGACUCAGUGUGGACUCAGAGGGGGGAAGCCGCCUUCUGGAGGAGGAUUCAGAAGUCUACAAGAUGCUGCAGGAAAAUCGUGAGGGGCGGGUGGCCCCCCGACAGUCCAGCUCCUUUCGGCUCUUGCAGGAGGCUCUGGAGGCUGAAGAGAGAGGUGGCACACCUGCCUUCCUGCCCAGCUCGCUGAGCCCCCAGUCCUCCCUGCCCACCUCCAGGGCCCUGGCCACCCCGCCCAAGCUCCACACGUGUGAGAAGUGCAGCACCAGCAUUGUGAACCAGGCUGUGCGCAUCCAGGAGGGGCGGUACCGCCACCCAGGCUGCUACACCUGUGCGGACUGUGGGCUGAACCUGAAGAUGCGUGGGCACUUUUGGGUCGGAGACGAGCUGUACUGCGAGAAGCAUGCCCGCCAGCGCUACUCCUCGCCCCCCGCCCUCAGCUCCCACGCCUGAGUACCCGGCUAGGUUCUCAACCUGCCCUAGACCGCGUAGGCACCUGUGCACCAGGACCAUGCCAACAGCAAGUUGGCAUGGAAGGGUGGUGGUUGGUGGUGGGGCCCCUGCCUCCAGGCUGGGUGAGGCUAGAGCCUGGGACCUGUGAUGGGCUGUGGAUGAGGACAGCCUCACCAUCCCAGGCCUCUGCUAGACACUCAUUUCCUCCUGUAGAACAGGCUGUGCACCAGAGUGUGAGGUGGGCACUGCAUUGGAUACCUUUGUGCAACAGGGAUUAAGCAGGUUGGGAUACAGAGAUAAAUAUGUAGAAAGAGAGGGAUAGGUCAGAGGUUAAAGGUAUUCACUCUGUGAAGUUUUCGGCAUAUGAACUCUAUAAAUAUACAUAUAUGGAUGAAACAAA